AUGGCUGCAGUUUCUCCCUUUGCGCGGAGCAGCGCUUUCGAUGACCCAUCGUUCGCCACACGCCAGCAGACGAUUGAGGAAAUGUAUAGCGUCCCAGAAAGUUUCUUGGAGAUUGAAGUGCGAAACCCUCAGACCCACGGGUUUGGCCGAAAGAUGUAUACGGACUACGAGAUCGUGUGCAAGACCAAUAUCCCCGCAUUCAAGCUCCGACACUCCCUUGUCCGACGACGCUACUCUGACUUCGAAGCAUUCCAUGACAUCCUGGAGCGUGAGUCAACGCGCGUCAAUAUCCCUUCGCUCCCGGGCAAGGUCUUCACCAACCGCUUUUCCGACGAGGUUAUCGAGAACAGGCGGGAUGGACUUGAGCGCUUCCUGAGUAUCGUCGCUGGGCACCCACUGCUUCAGACUGGGAGCAAGGUGCUCUGUGCCUUCCUGCAAGACCCGUCAUGGGACAAGGCUCAGUGGAUUUAA